AUGGAGAAUUCGAAGGACCCGAUGAAAACGAGGCUCCCUUAUCGUCUGGACGACAAAGUAUUCUUCCGCAACGCCAGCGGGGAAGACACCUUUUGCCUCUGCAAAUCUAUGUGUAGUGGAAUUUUCCAGCUUGUUAAUGACCAACAAGCUCUCCAGGGCCUCACCUUCUCCAAGGGAACAAAGCUGCCGAAGAAGUAUAUUCAGCACUGCCCAACAAGUGGGGACAACGCAGUCCUAAGGCACAAGCCAUACGGUUCGCUACAACCAAUCCUGCCACAACCGACACCAUUCCAUAUGACCAACCUCGACUUUGUCGUUGGCCUGCCUACUACCGUCAAAUGCCACAACGCAAUGCUGAACUUGACCGAUAAAUUCAUCUGA